UAGCCUACCCGGAAAUAAGGUGGAAUUUAUUUGUGUGAGGUGAAGAUGCCAUAUGUCACGCUAUACUUGUCAUGCCUCCUAUAUUUAAUUUCACAUAUUCCUGGAGAUUAUGGAGCAGAAAUCUCCUUAUGGAACUUAGAAAUAAGUCCGGAUGAUCAUUCUGCAAUCUUCCGAAAAACACUCUAUGCUAACAGCACUAUCUUCAUGAAAUUUACAAGUAAAAGGCCAUGUGAUGAAUACAUGACUUUCAACAUAUCCUGGUAUCUUCGCUCCUCUAUUUGUUUCAAUGAAGUAUUCAACACUCCAGAUGACAAGGCCAUGGAGAUUUGGAAGAUUGGAAAAAACAUGCUAAAAGAUGGCUGGAGUGGCCAUUACAGCGAAGGCUUCAUCUACUUUGACAACUGCUCAGCUCUCCUCACAUCUCAAUCAUAUUACAAUGCAUUUCUGCCAGCUCACUCUCUUGACAGUCCUGCGGCUAAGAAGGGCAUUUCUCUGAAUCAGAAUGAAACACUCACUUUUGAAGACAAACCAGCAAUUGGUGCUGUGGCCAAAGCAUGGUCAGACAGCCCUUACCUCUUCAUCGUGCAGAUCCAGAUGGGCCACCGUGAAGGGGAAGAGGAGAAGCCUAAUAACGAUCAGGACAAAUAUUCUUUCACAAUGACCGUUGAGAUGAAGGGCCCCCGGGAGUACUCGUCACCUGCAGACUGGCCCCUCAUGAUGUUCUACAUGGUCAUGUGCAUCGUAUACGUGUUCUACGGCGCUCUGUGGCUGCUCUGGUCAGCCUGUUACUGGAGGGACCUACUGAGGAUCCAGUUCUGGAUAAGUGCCGUCAUCAUUUUGGGAAUGCUGGAAAAGGCUGUAUUUUACUCCGAGUACCAGAGAAUUCGCUACCUUGGCGAUUAUGUUCAAGGCACAGUUAUAUUUGCUGAGCUGCUGUCUGCACUGAAGAGAACUCUGGCACGAAUCCUGAUGCUCAUUUUCAGCCUUGGCUAUGGUAUUGUCAAGCCGAGGCUGGGGACCACUGUUCACCGGCUGGUGGCAGUAGGGUUGCUGUACCUGCUCUUCUCCUCUGUGGAGGGAGUCCUCAGGGUGACUGGGGGUUUCUAUGGCACCGUGGCGCUGGUGGCCAAUCUCAGCCUCUCACUCAUUGACUCUUGUGUCAUGUGGUGGAUCUACAUGAGUCUGUCCCAGACAACAAAACUUCUUAAGCUACGCAGAAAUGUAGUGAAGCUUUCUUUAUAUCGUCACUUUACCAACACGCUCAUCUUUUCAGUGUUUGCUUCUAUUGUAUUUCUUAUCUGGACCACCAAAGUCUUCAAAUGUGUUGACUGCCAGACGGCAUGGAGAGAUCUCUGGGUGGAUGAUGCCUUCUGGAGGCUCCUCUUCUCCAUCAUCCUACUGGUCAUUAUGGUGCUGCUGCGGCCUUCAGUCAACAGCCAGAGGUUCUCCCAUUCUCCUCUCAUAGACGAUGACGAUGAGGAGGAGGAAGACGAAGCCAAAGAACCUAUGUUAAGCACAGCUUUUGAGGGCAUGAAGAUGAGAGGCACGAAGCAGGAGACCAAUGGCUCCCAGAAGCUUCUCAGUAAAGAGGAUGAAGACCUUAAGUGGGCGGAGGAGAACAUUCCAACAUCGAUGGCUGAUGUAGCCCUUCCUGUUAUGUUGGAUGAGGAGGAGGACAUUCAGAAAACUAUAAUGGAAAGAUCAAAAAUGGAAUAGUAAGGAGGAAGGAGUGACACACCUGUACACUGGACGGCUGUAAAUGUUAUGUAGUCUGCCUGCCUGGUGCUUGGACAUUACUGUUUAGAUGCACAUGACUGGCAUCUGGUCUUUUGUUUUGUAUAUAUGGAUCAGCAGUGCUGUAGAGUCAGCGCUGCCAAGUUAGUUCAACUGUUGAGAUUUUACUUACUUGAGCCUGAGUAUGCCUUAUCUUGUUUGCAACAUCAUGUAUUUAUAGUCACUCAUAAGAUUGUACAUUUUUGGUGCACCAUGCAUGUACUGUGUUUAUUGUUUAGUGUUACUUUCCCAUCACAAUUCCCUUAUUCCUUUCCAUGCCAAAUACUUUUUUGUGCAAUCUAUUACAGGGAUAGUCAAGAAGUUAUUUAUUUUUUUGGCUAUGUGAAGUCUUAAAUGGGAAGUAUAGGGGUAUGAUAUUUAUAGGCUAAUGAAGUUUAACUUUUUGAGUUCAAGUUUCUUUGUGUGUUUUUGGGGGUAAUUAAACUUUGUAACAAACGCUA